AUGUGUGAUGACUGUCGACGUGCGGAAGCAAAAGAUUUUUGGCGUGCUUGUGUUCAAGUUCGUCAGAAAUGUGAAUUUAAGAAGACGUUGUUUUAUCUCGAACAACUAAUCCUGAAGCACGAUGCCCAUCUCAACACGACGGCUAUCAAACCUGUACCUACAGGAGUCGAUUUCUUUUAUGCAAAAUUGCAAGAUGCCAGAAAGUUCGUUGAUUUCAUCACCACUCAUUUGCCGUGUAGACAUUCAUACGCCCAGGAACUGGUUACACAUGAUGCUAAGAAUAAUACUUAUGACUAUAAACACACUUUCUGCGUAGAGGUCGUACCCAUAUGUCGCUCUGAUUUAGUAUGUUUACCGAAGAAGAUAGCACAGGCUUUGGGUAAUAUGAAUCAGCUGGUUGUAUGCGUCAGAGUUAACAAUGUCAUCAGUGUGAUUGAUCCGAGCACUUUGAAAAUAGCAGAUAUCAAUGCGACUCAGUACUGGCGUAGUCCCUUUCAAACUUUAUGCCAAUCAAAACGAUUGCGGGAAUUUUACGUAGUGGAUGUAGAGGAUACUGAUUUUAAUCAGUUGACUGCAGGAUAUAGUCAUUUGUCGACGAAACACCGUUUAGCGGACAUCUGGGUAAUCCCUAGUAAUCAGAUUGGACAAGAUAAUCAAGAGGUUUGCACGAGAUCUCAUCUUGGACAUUUGUUAAGGCCGGGCGAUCUUGUGUUAGGAUAUGACUUACGCAAUAGCAAUGUGAACAGUACAUUGCUGGACAAUAUGGAGACGGAUAAGAUACCUGAUAUCAUCUUAAUUCGAAAAGUUUAUAAUCGGUUUGUACGACGAGAACGGCGUAACUGGAAAGUGAAGCGACUAAUUCAAAACGACAAUGAUGUUUGUGAUAGCUCUUCUGUGGGUAACGAAUUCGAGAACUUUCUAGAAGAUUUGGAGGAGGAUGAACAAAUGAGACAGAAAAUCAACAUUUAUCGGGACAAUGCAAAACAACAAGCAGCUUGUUCUAAAGAUAUCGCGUUAGAUUUGCCACCGGGUCCUUUACUCCAUGAAAUGUUGGAUGAUCUUGAUCUUAAUGCCGAUAUUGAAAUGAAUUAA